AUGUCCAAGGCCAACAGCGAGGUGGCUCAGUGGAGGACUAAGUAUGAAAACUGAUGCCAUUCAGCGCACAGAGAAGCUUUAGGAGGCCAAGGCAGAGCUGCAACGCGGCAUGUCCAAGGCCAACAGCGAGGUGGCUCAGUGGAGGACUAAGUAUGAAAUUGAUGCCAUUCAGUGCACAGAGAAGCUUUAGGAGGCCAAGGCAGAGCUGCAACGCGGCAUGUCCAAGGCCAACAGCGAGGUGGCUCAGUGGAGGACUAAGUAUGAAACUGAUGCCAUUCAGCGCACAGAGAAGCUUUAGGAGGCCAAGGCAGAGCUGCAACGCGGCAUGUCCAAGGCCAACAGCGAGGUGGCUCAGUGGAGGACUAAGUAUGAAACUGAUGCCAUUCAGCGCACAGAGAAGCUUUAGGAGGCCAAGGCAGAGCUGCAACGCGGCAUGUCCAAGGCCAACAGCGAGGUGGCUCAGUGGAGGACUAAGUAUGAAACUGAUGCCAUUCAGCGCACAGAGAAGCUUUAGGAGGCCAAGGCAGAGCUGCAACGCGGCAUGUCCAAGGCCAACAGCG